GUUAUCGUCAGUCAUAUUAUACAGGUAGAACUAAGUACUUCUAAGUGUCAUCAUUGCGACAUCGUUUUUUAGUCACGCGAAGGGUAAAAUAAUGUGUCAAAAAAUUACCUAUUUAGUUUUUAUUAAUGUUAUUAUCUGUGCCUAUACCGAUCCUCAGCUGGACAUACCAGCUCAUAAUUUAGCGCGACAUUAUGGCAAUAAUCAGUACCAAACAAAUCCUGAAAGCGAUAGGGGUAGCUACAGUAAUGAUCCUUAUCAGAGGACGUAUGACAGAGAUCCGCCAUAUGAGAGAGACUUACAAUACGGCCGCAAUCCCGUAGACAACAACUACCCGACUAGGAAUCAAAAUCCAAUUGAAAACGAUUACCAACAGAGACAAAGUUUGCCGUACCAUGGUGACAUUCGAGCUUUGCUGCAAGGGUUAGACAUCCAAGCGUCUCAACAAUGCACAAACAACGUCGCCGCUCAAUGGAAUUUUGAAACUAAUGUCAACCAGGCAACCCAAGUAGAAGCGUUACAUGCACAACAGACUUUUGCUCAAUUUCAACAUGGAAUGUGGAGUAUGUUGAAUCGUGUAGGCAUUGCCAGAAGUCCGGACCCUCUCACGUUUAGGCAAUUACGGUUCUUAUCGGUUGUGGGACCAUCUGCUCUUUCGCCGGACCAGCUGGAUAGGGCCUUAGGCCAGUGUGCGCACCAACCAGAUGGAGAUAUAGUGACGAAUCAACAACGUAGCUGCGAGCAAAACAAAUCAGCUGAUUUCACAGAUACUGCCGAUUAUUGGAUGUUUCCAUACGAGUCACCCUCGUUAACUCAUGAUUUGGAAGAAGCCUGGGAAACCGUAAAACCUUUAUAUGAACUCUUGCAUGCAUACGUUCGUCGUCGCUUACGUGAUUUUUACGGACCUGAAAAAAUAAAUCGAAGAGCACCUCUACCGGCACAUGUGUUGGGUAAUAUGUGGGGUCAAUCCUGGAGUCACAUUUUCGAUAUAUCCCAGCCCUAUCCAGGAAGAGAUUUUUUGGACGUGGGACCGGAAAUGAUUCGUCAGGGUUAUAGUCCAGUUGAUAUAUUCAGAUUAGCCGAGGAUUUUUUUGUAUCAAUGAAUUUUUCCGCGCUUCCACUGGAUUUUUGGAGCGGGUCUCUUUUACAAGAACCUGCCGAUCGAGUGGUGCUAUGCCAACCAUCUGCAUGGGACUUUUGUAAUCGCGAGGACUUCAGGAUAAAAAUGUGCACUCGCAUAAAUAUGAAGGAUCUAAUUACUGCUCACCACGAACUGGCACAUAUACACUACUUUAUUCAGUAUCGAAACUUGCCCAAAGUGUUUAGAGACGGAGCAAAUCCAGCGUUCCACGAAGCAAUUGGGGAAGCGAUUGGAUUAUCCGUUGGGACACCAAGACAUUUACAAGCAUUGGGUCUUGUGCAAACGUCAGUGGACGAUUCUGCGGUUAAUAUAAACUACUUAUACAUGAUGGCGCUUGAUAAGGUGGCAUUUUUACCGUUUACUUAUUUAAUGGAUAAAUGGAGAUAUGACGUAUUUAAAGGGGACAUUUACAAAGAUCAAUAUAAUUGUCAUUGGUGGAGAUUGAGUGAAUUAUACACGGGAAUCAAGCCACCAGUUUUACGUUCCGAAAUGGAUUUUGAUCCUGGCUCCAAAUAUCACAUCGCAGCAAAUAUUCCGUACAUGAGAUUUUUCGUUAGCACUUUACUACAGUUUCAACUAUAUCGAGCUUUGUGUCGAGCAGCCGGACAAUAUGAUUCAUUAAACAUCAAUCAACCACUGCAUAAGUGUGACAUUUAUCGCAGUAAAGAAGCGGGUCUUGUAUUGAGGCGCCUUAUGGAAAAAGGUUCUUCUUUGCCAUGGAAUGAAGUACUUUUUCAAGCGAUAGGGGAGAGCCGAUUAGACGGAAAUGCAAUGAGGGAAUACUUUAGGCCUUUGGAAGAUUGGUUGCGAAAUGAAAAUCUAAGGACGCAAGAAUACGUAGGGUGGGUCUAUGACGGCGAUUACUGCAAGCAAAGUAUUGAAACGGCAGGUUUGCAAGUUUAUGGAGGAUUUUACAAUGGAGCAUACGCAGCACUCCAAUCAUAUACUGUAUUAAUUAUUAGCAUUUGGGCCAGUAUCAGUUUGUAUAUAUUGAAACGAUGAUGACUAAAUGUGUAAAAGCUGUACUUAUUUAUAAUAUUUUUUGUAAAGCGUAGUAAUAAAGAAAAUCAUGGAGAGACCGUACUUUACAAAUA